GCUUCGCUUCCCAUCAUCGCGACAAAAUCAGCAUCUAAUGAGAGAGGAGCGGUACACUGUGUCCUCCUGCUCCUUCAGCAUCUUCAUUCUCUCAUCCUCAUCCUCUACUGAGACUGGGUCUGUUUAACAGCACUGAUACAACGAGCAACAUUCAGAUUUGUGUUAUAAGAAAAAGAACUUGGCGGACUAAGGACUCCCAGUAAUGGAAGGCCAGUGAUCGUCUCUCUUAAUGGCUCAUAGAAAGAGGCCUAGUGCCACCAGCAGCGGCAUGGCCUCGGCGGAGCACCAUGCUCCAGCUCCACGCCCCUGUCUUGCAUCCUUUCCCAGCAAAGACUCUGAGGACCGUCAGGACACCGAAACCCCGGAACCUCCUUACUGCAAUGAACCGGAGCAACACAGCAGUCGUCCGGGCACUCCCGACCACGCCCGCUCUAAUUAUCACAGCCACCCGGACAGCCUCGAUGGGGACUCGAGCUCGGACUACGUCAACAACUCGUCAGAGGAUGAAGAAGACUACGACGAAGGGCUGCCGGAGGAGGACGAGGGAGUGACGUACUACAUCCGCUAUUGCCCAGAGGAUGACAGCUACAUGGAGGGCAUGGACUGUAACGAGGGUGGUUACCGGCGUGCCGAGCCGCCCCAGGACACCGACGAAUGCCAUGAGGCAGUGGAGGAGUGGGUGGAAGGUGACGGCGAGGUGCGCUGUGAAGUCCUGGAGCAAGACUCGGACCAGCAGAUAUACGACGGCAGACCUGAACCUGUCCUCGACCAUCAUCCACACCACCAGUACCACCACGAAGACCAAGCUCCCUCUCGAUUACGGGACCACGAGGACGAGGACGAGGAAAGCGAGGAAUACUGCGCCAACGAAGAGGACGAAGCUGAUGAGGAAGCUGAUGAGGAGCAAGACAGAGAGGCCUACACCGGGGAUUACUACAACCCGGAGGACAAUGGAAACUCUGUGUACGCCUCACACAAGGUCACAGAGGGCGAAACGGGCGAGGAGACAGAAGAGGACAUCGAUCAGAUCGUGGCUGAGAUUAAGAUGAGCAUGAGCAUGGGCAGCCUGAACAGCGGCCUUGAUCAGAGCCCAGAUGAGAUGGUCGCCGUGUCUGGCCACUACCAGGCUGAGGUCGAGCCCAAACCGGAACCAGUGCCAUACCAACCACCACACCGCCAUGACGGCAGACCAAAAACCCUCAACAUACCCUCUGCUGGGCACAACGCUGUCCCACAGAGGGGCCUCCGAGGGCGCUCGCACACCCCAGAGGAACGAAGGAGAUGGGCACCAGAGCAGGUCCGAGAACAGGUGUCCAAUAGUGUGGAGCAGCCCAGAAAACAGCAGCGGUCUGAUCUCAAUGGACCUCUGGAGAACAACAACAUUCCUGAGCCAUCAAAGAAGACGGCAUCAUUCCCCAGCUUUGUUGAUGUGCCCGGUCCUUGCGAACCCGAGGAUCUCAUCGAUGGGAUCAUCUUUGCUGCCAACUACCUGGGUUCCACCCAGCUGCUGUCGGAGAGAAACCCGUCCAAAAAUAUCCGCAUGAUGCAGGCGCAGGAGGCAGUGAGCCGAGUCAAGCGAGUGCAGAAGGCAGCCAAAAUCAAGAAAAAAGCGAACUCGGAGAGCGAUGCACAAACCCUUACCGAGGUCGACCUGUUCAUCUCCACCCAGAGGAUCAAAGUUCUUAAUGCUGACACACAGGAGACGAUGAUGGACAACGCUCUGCGCACCAUCUCUUACAUCGCUGAUAUCGGGAACAUUGUGGUACUGAUGGCACGCAGACGUAUGCCACGAUCUGCUUCACAGGACUGCAUCGAGACCACGCCCGGCGCUCCUGAGGCCAAGAAACAGUACAAAAUGAUCUGCCACGUCUUUGAGUCAGAGGAUGCCCAGCUCAUAGCCCAGUCCAUUGGUCAGGCGUUCAGUGUGGCCUACCAGGAGUUCCUGCGAGCUAAUGGCAUUAACCCAGAGGAUCUGAGCCAGAAAGAGUACAGUGACAUCAUCAACACGCAGGAGAUGUACAACGAUGACCUUAUCCACUUUUCCAAUUCAGAAAAUUGCAAAGAGCUGUUGUUGGAGAAGCAGAAGGGUGAGAUUCUCGGUGUGGUAAUAGUGGAGUCCGGAUGGGGCUCCAUUUUACCCACUGUGAUUCUUGCCAAUAUGAUGAAUGGCGGACCAGCUGCAAGAUCGGGGAAGCUUAGCAUCGGAGACCAGAUCAUGUCCAUCAACAAAACCAGCCUGGUGGGUCUCCCGCUUGCCACCUGUCAGGGCAUCAUCAAGGGUUUGAAAAACCAGGUGCAGGUGAAGCUGAAUAUUGUGAGCUGCCCCCCUGUGACUACUGUUCUAAUUAAGAGACCAGACCUCAAGUACCAGUUGGGCUUCAGUGUGCAGAAUGGCAUUAUAUGCAGCCUGAUGCGCGGUGGUAUAGCUGAGAGAGGAGGUGUUCGGGUCGGCCACAGGAUCAUCGAAAUAAAUGGACAAAGUGUGGUGGCGACAGCACAUGAGAAAAUAGUUCAAGCUCUGUCUAACUCUGUGGGCGAGAUCCACAUGAAGACAAUGCCAGCAGCCAUGUUCAGACUCCUAACAGGACAAGAAACUCCCAUGUACAUAUGAGCACACCACAUCCCACACUUCAGAAAGAAGUUUCUCUCAAGCUGUCCUGUCACACAUCCAAAAAGACCUUCCUCAAAUCUAUCUGAACAAAGUGUUUUUUCUUUGUCACAUGGAAGUUUGGUCAACCCAUAUGCACACACAAUUCAAAGCUCUGGUAUUUUUAUUCAACUCAAUAUGUUGUCAGUGCUGUAUAAGUUUCACCCUCCCUCCCCACCACAGACCAAAAGAAAUGACAGUACACUAUUAUCCUGGGAAAGCUGUAUAUAAAACUCUAUAUAAUUCACACACCCUGCAAGCAUGUAUUAACUAAUCUUUUAAGUAAUGAUCCACUCACAUUGCUUUUGAUCAAAAACACACAGCUUUAAUAUUAACCAACCUCUAGAUCCAGGGAAAUAAACCAUUACAUUAUGUCUACACAGUCCUGUACAUUUAACUCGCAGAUUAUCAGUUAAAUUGACAUCACAAAGCAAUGGGUUCUAACAGGUUUAUGUCUGAUUCAUCGAUGUAGCAGUGGAUGCUCACGCUCUUUAUAUACAGUAAAUAUGUACCGCUUACUUCACUUUUUUAUUCCACCCCAUAGAAUUGGCAACAACCCUGGACAAGAGAACGUAACAAUUCCGUACAGCGACUGAUGUUUUACCUCACUAAACAUAUCGAGGGCUAUAUCGCAUCAUAUGUAUAUAUUUCAGUCAUUUCAGUAAUACCAAACACAUUCAUGCUACACUAUCACAGGACGAGGAUGGUCGGAUAUACAUAUCUACAAAUGAAUCAUAUAGAAAAUAAUAUACUGAUAACAAUUAACUUGGAGUAGAGAAUGAGCAUAGGCCAAAGUCUGAUGUACACAAAACACAACAGCUAAGUGAACAAAAAAAUGUGUACUCUGAAUCUUUGUCCUUUAAAUGUUUGACGUGAACCCGUUUGGUCGGUCUUCAUAAAACAAACACAAGUACUGGGUUCAAUCCACUAUGUCAUCAAUCGAUCGGACAAGUGUAUGAUAUUUUUACAUUUGUGUGGGUCUAAUGUCCGUUGUUUUGUGUGCGUGUGUGUUAAACUCCUAGGAGUUGUGACUGUAAAUGUGUUAAUAGUGCAUUCAUCAUCACCAUGCCCAGUAUUAUAAGAAUGUUUGUAUAUAAAUGCCUUUCUGGUUUAUAAUAAUCACAGACUGACACGACGAGAGAGAGACGGGACAAAACGUGAUCAACUCACACUGUGACCAAAAGCCUUAGGGCACAGUAAGAAUUUUGGGAACUUUGAUUGGUGGUGAAACAUGUAAAGGCCACACAUCAUUGACAUAAAUACUUACCUGUGUGCAUGCAGCCUAAAUGUCUUGGCUAAAAAAAACAAUAAAUCCUUGUUGAACUCUCA